AUGAGUUCAGAGAACCAAGAUCAGAGAACCAAGAUCUUGCAAGAUGAGAAGAGAAAGUUAAGAGAAGAUUUUGAUAAAGAGGCUGAAGAAAUUGAGCUAGAUAUAAAUGAAGCAAUGGACGGCUCAACAUGUGGGUGGGGCACUUUACUCUACACAAUUGGAACAUUCUUCUUCUGUGCGCUGGAGGGUGCAGAGAUAGUCCUCCUCACAAUAAUAGGACCAAUACUGAGGUGUGAAUGGAACCUCUCCUCUGCCGCUCUAUCAGGUCUCCAGAUCAGCACUAUGAUCACCAUGCUGAUAACACCACUGGUAACCUCCACAUUUGGAGACAGAUUCGGGAGAAAACGCAUAUCUCUGAUCUCAGCUGUCGGAGUCACAGCAGCGGCGAUAUUGUGCGCCUUCGUGCAGAACUACUGGCAGUUUAUAGUCCUUCGCUUGAUAACAGGAGUGUUUGUUGGUCUGGGCACCGGGCCAACUGUCACUCUGAGUGGAGAGGUUACACCCAAUAAAUUCCGUGCUCUUGCUUUCUCUGGCCUCUCCUUACCUUGGGGUAUAGGAGCUUCAGUUACUGGAUGUAUGGCUUACUUGAUUCUGAAUGACUUUGGGUGGAGAGGUCUGGUAAUUUCCACUUCUCUUGCCUUCUCUCCGUGCAUAGUGUUUUUUGCUGUGAUCAGGGAGUCAGCAAGGUUCCAGUAUUACAGGGGUAACGUGACUGAGGCUGAGAUUACUAUUAGGAAAAUUUACAAGAUGAAUGGUAAAGGGGAUGUGAAAUUCAGACUGAAGAGAGCUCCACCAGUGGAAGUGCACGAUUUAAACAUUAGCUGCAGCAUGGUCUACAGAUUGCUCCAGCAAACUGAAAACAUUUCCAACUCCGUGUUACUUUUACUCUCAGGCUUGACAAGCGUGUUCUCAUAUUAUAUAAGUACCUACACGAUGCCCAGAGUUUUAAAUGAGGGGUAUUGCACUGGAGCACUUGUUCCAGCUGAAAGAACAUGUUUAUUUGACAAUGCUACACUGUUUGAUAUUAGUAUAGUCAGCUUAUCAGAGCCCCUGGGUGUUAUCCUCAUGCUUCUUGCCAUUGAAAAGUUUGGGAGAAUAAAACCAGCAAUUGGAGUGGGCUUGUUGGCAGUUCUGCUCCCAACGACACUAUAUUUCUGUGUUAAUAGGUCCUGGUUGUUCUGGUUCCUCCUGUUACAGCGCAUGGCUAUAGCUGCAGCAGCAUUGUUGUCUCCUAUUUUGAUCGCUGAAUAUUCACCAACUGUUAUCAGAUCGUUUAUGAUAAGUGUUUUAGUUACAGCGAACAGAACUGGGGGGAUAAUAGGUAUCCUGUGUUCAGAGUUCUUGUUUAAUGAGGGUGUGAGACUGGUAUUUGUUGCCAUACAGGCCACAAAUCUCUUGUUUGUGUUUUGUUUAAUGGGACUCAAGAGAGAAACUGUUGGUGUAGAACUCACUUGAUAAAAUAGAACUGAGCUUAAAUCU